AUGUCACUCCACACCCCAAGUGACGGCCAACAAGACCCGGCGUUAGCCUCCAAAGCCCUCUGCGAGCAAGUCUCACGAUCCCUCGGCCUCGGCCAGGACAAGAUCGAGAACAUCUUUCCUGGGACACCCUUCCAGCGGGACGUCAUAGACUGCGCCACAGACGACAAGCAGCGUGCUGUGGGCCACGCUGUCUUUGAAAUCCCCAAAGAUGUAGACGCGGCCCGCCUGGCCGCUGCGUGGAAGGAGACCGUGCUUCACACUCCCUCCCUGCGGACUUGCACGUUUACGUCCAAAGCCGGAGAUGUGUUCCAGGUGGUCCUGAGAGAUAGCUUUGUCUUCUCGUGGAUGUCUGGGCCAUCUGUGGAUCUUAAGGAGGCGGUUGUGCAAGACGAGGCUGCUGCUGCUUUGGCUGGCCCGCGCUGUAACCGCUUCGUUCUCCUCGAAGACCCUGAUACAAAGGAGCGUCAGCUCAUCUGGACGUUCAGCCAUGCUCUCGUUGAUAGUACCUUCCAGGAACGUAUCCUUCGACGAGUCCUCAAAGCUUAUAAGGAUGCCAAUGACGAACAUCCCCGUCAGAUCGAGACACCAGAUUCCUCCCAGGCUACGCCCGAGGAGGAUCUACAGCCCAACCCAUCCAAGAUGCUCAAGAUCCCUCAAGCCGCGGAUAUGGAACGUGCUGUUGAGUUUUGGAAGGAUCAUCUAAGUGGCUUGAAUGCUUCUGCCUUCCCGCAUUUGUCGUCUCAUUUGUCUAUGCCGCAUCCAGAUGCAAAGGCAGAGCAUAGAGUAUCCUACUCGUCUUCAGCACAGCAAAAAACGUCCAGUGCUACUAUUUGCCGAACUGCACUGGCAAUUCUGUUAUCUCGUUAUACACACUCUCCUGAAGCACUCUUUGGCGUUGUCACUGAGCAAACUCCCAUGCUGGAGGAGCAACUCAUGCUCGAUGGCCCAACACGUACAGUCGUACCAAUCCGCGUAUCCUGUGCUUCUGAACAGUCAGUGUCUGAUAUCAUGAGCACUAUUGAAUCCUACGAUCAGACCAUGCGGCAGUUCGCACACGCUGGUCUUCGCAACAUCGCCAGCGCCGGAGACGAUGAAUCCGCCGCCUGCGGCUUCCAGACCGUCCUUCUGGUCUCCGAUGGAGACGCCCAUCCAGCUUCUACUUGGGAGAUCCUCAAGAAGACUGAGGAACCUGAGGGUUUCAUCCCCUGCACGAACCGUGCUCUGCUCUUAAGUUGCCAGACGACCAGCUCCGGAGCACACUUAUCCGCCAGAUACGACCAGAGUGUUAUCAACGCUGAUCAAAUGGCCCGACUCCUGCGCCAACUAGGCCAUCUGAUCCAAAACCUACAAACCUCCACAGAUCUACCCGUGGAAAAGGUGGACAUGAUGACGCAAGAAGACUGGUCAGAGAUCGAGAGAUGGAACUCAGACUCCAUCGACGCACGAGACACGCUUAUCCACAGAGAGAUGCUGAAGUGGACUUCCCAGUCGCCUAACAAAGCUGCCGUCGCCGCGUGGGAUGGAGAGUGGACAUAUGCUGAGCUGGACGAUGUAUCUUCUCGCCUAGCUCAGUACAUCAACUCUACUGACCUGGGCAAGGAGCACGUGAUAGUACCCAUCUACUUUGAGAAAUCGAAAUGGGUCGUUGCUUCGAUGCUGGCUGUGCUCAAGGCUGGCCAUGCAUUUACUCUCAUUGACCCCAGUGAUCCACCGGCUCGAACAGCCCAGGUCGUGCAGCAAACUUCUGCAACGGUUGCUCUUACUUCCAAGCUCCACCGCGAGACUGUUCAAUCUACUGUUGGGCGCUGCAUCGUUGUCGACGAUGACUUUGUCCAAUCCCUUCCCCAGUCCAGUGAACUUUCAGCAUCUGUAAAGGCAAAUGAUCUAGCCUAUGUUAUCUUCACCUCCGGCAGCACAGGCGAUCCAAAGGGAAUCAUGAUCGAGCACCGCGCGUUCUCAUCCUGCGCCAUCAAGUUCGGUCCCGCGCUGGGCAUUACCUCCAACACACGCGCUCUGCAGUUCGGUUCCCAUGCCUUUGGCGCGUGUAUUCUCGAGAUCAUGACGACGCUCAUCCACGGCGGCUGUGUCUGUAUCCCCUCUGACGACGACCGCAUGAACAACGUCCCUGAGUUCAUCAACCGGACUAACGUCAACUGGGUCAUGGCAACACCUUCGUACAUGGGGACGUUCCAGCCAGAGGUUGUUCCUGGUUUGAAGACUUUGGUGCUAGUGGGUGAGCAAAUGUCUGCUUCUGUGAAUGAGGUCUGGGCUCCUCGUGUUCAGCUCCUCAACGGUUACGGACAGAGUGAGAGUUCUUCUAUCUGCUGUGUAGCCAAGAUCAGCCCUGGUUCGUCUGAGCCAAAUAACAUCGGCCACGCAGUGGGCGCACACUCCUGGAUCGUUGAUCCGGAGGAUCCAAACCGCUUGGCACCCAUCGGCGCAAUUGGUGAGCUGGUCAUCGAGAGUGUGGGUAUCGCACGCGAUUACAUCGUUGCGCCGCCACAGGAUAAGUCUCCUUUCAUCAAGACUGCUCCUACGUGGUAUCCGUCCAAGCAACUCCCAGAUGGUUUCAAGAUCUACAGAGCAGGAGAUCUUGCAUGCUACGCAUCUGAUGGCAGUAUCGUGUGUCUUGGCCGCAUGGACUCCCAGGUCAAGAUCAGAGGACAGCGUGUCGAGCUGGGUGCAGUGGAGACUCACCUUCGACAACAGAUGCCUGACGAUAUGACCAUCGUGGUUGAAGCUGUCAAGUUCUCUGAUGCGUCAAGCACCACCGUUUUGACAGCCUUUUUGAUCGAUGCAGCUGAGAAGAACACUCAUAUCUUGGACCAACGCGCUACGAGGGAGAUCAAUGCCAAGAUGGAGCAAGUUCUUCCUCGCCAUUCCAUCCCCGCGUCCUACAUCUCUAUGAGCGAUCUCCCCCAAACUGCCACUGGUAAAGUCGAUCGUCGAAGACUUCGCAUCAUGGGCAGCAAGAUACUGAGCCGAAAGACUCAUUCCACCCCGUCUCAGCAAACGCAGACUACCAUCUCAUCUGGAACCGACACAGAGACCAAGCUGGAGAGCAUCUGGAUCACUAGCUUGGACCUCGAGCCCGGUUCUGCAAACAUGUCAGCUACAUUCUUCGAGAUGGGCGGAAACUCCAUCAUCGCAAUCAAGAUGGUCAACAUGGCGCGCUCCAAUGGCAUAGAGCUCAAGGUGUCAGACAUCUACCAGAACCCCACGCUAGAUGGUCUCAAGGCUGUUGUCAUUGGAAGUUCGCUGCCAUACAGUCUUAUUCCCAAGGUGACCCGCGAAGGCUCCGUUAGUGAGCAGUCUUAUGCGCAGAACAGAAUGUGGUUCCUGGAUCAGUUGUCCGAGGGGGCUUCGUGGUAUCUCAUCCCCUACGCUGUGCGCAUGCGAGGUCCCGUGGAUGUUGAUGCGUUAACGCGUGCUUUACUCGCACUUGAACAGCGUCAUGAGACACUGCGAACUACAUUUGAGAACCAAGAUGGUGUUGGAGUUCAGAUCAUUCAUGACAGACUCUCCAAAGAGCUGCAAGUCAUCGAUGCUCUGGACGGUGACGAGGGUGGUAUCAAGACACUCUACAAAGUAGAGACCACCACAUUCGACAUCACAUCCGAAGCAGGCUGGAGCUCAACCCUCAUCCGCCUCGGCAAAGACGACCACAUUCUCUCCAUAGUCAUGCACCAUAUCAUCUCCGACGGCUGGUCCAUCGACGUUCUCCGCCGCGAACUCAUCCAACUCUACGCCGCCGCUCUGCAGGGCAAAGAUCCCUCCUUCGCACUAACCCCCCUACCCAUCCAGUACAGCGACUUUGCCGUGUGGCAGAAGCAGGAUGCCCAAGCAGCUGAACACGAGAAACAGCUCCAGUACUGGAAGAAGCAACUCGCGGAUAGUUCACCCGCCAAAAUCCCUACCGACUUCCCCCGUCCAGAUCUCCUGUCCGGUGACGCAGGCGUUGUGCCCGUGACCAUCGACGGCGAGCUGUAUCAGAAGCUCCGAGCCUUCUGCAACAAACACAACAGCACUUCAUUCUCCGUCCUCCUCGCUGCUUUCCGCGCGGCGCAUUACCGUCUCACAGCUGUUGACGACGCGGUGAUCGGUAUCCCCAUUGCGAACCGUAACCGCUGGGAGCUGGAGAAUAUGAUUGGUUUCUUCGUCAACACGCAGUGUAUGCGCAUUGCCGUUGACGAGACGGAUACCUUUGAGAGUCUGGUGCGCCAGGUUAGAUCUACGACUACAGCUGCGUUUGCGCACGAGGAUGUCCCCUUUGAGCGUGUCGUUUCGGCGCUUCAGCCUGGCCAUAGAGAUCUUUCCCGAACACCGCUGGCCCAGAUAAUGUUUGCUGUUCACUCGCAAAAGGAUCUUGGACGCUUCGAGCUGGAGGGCAUCCAGUCCGAGCCCAUCGCCAGCAAGGCCUACACCAGAUUUGACGUCGAGUUCCAUCUGUUCCAACAGGCCGACGGACUGAAGGGCAGCUGCAACUUUGCCACAGAUCUCUUCAAGCCCGAAACUAUCCAGAAUGUCGUCAGCGUGUUUUUCCAGAUUCUGCGCCAUGGCCUUGACCAGCCUGAGACGUGUAUCUCGGUUCUUCCACUGACUGAUGGAGUCGAGGAACUCCGCAAGCUGGAUCUGCUGGAGAUCAAGAGGACUAACUACCCUCGUGAUUCGAGCGUGGUAGAUGUCUUCCGCGAACAAGCUGCCGCCAACCCAGAGGUUAUCGCUGUCACUGACUCAUCUUCUCGUCUGACUUACGCAGAGCUGGACCAUAAGUCUGAGCUGCUCUCACGAUGGCUUCGACGACGCAACUUGGCGCCAGAGACGCUGGUCAGUGUUCUUGCUCCCCGGUCUUGCGAGACUAUCGUUGCCUAUGUUGGUAUCCUCAAGGCGAACCUGGCGUAUCUUCCUCUUGACGUGAGGUCCCCAGUGGCUCGUAUGAAGGACAUCUUGUCAAGCGUGUCCGGAAACACCAUAGUUCUUAUGGGCACUGGGGUAGAGGAUCCCGGGUUUGGCCUACCGCAACUAGAGCUCGUACGCAUCACCGACACUUUCGAUGAGACCAUCGAGGACGUGCAAGACUCUCCCCAACCAUCUCCUACAAGCCUCGCCUACGUCGUCUUCACAUCCGGUUCGACUGGUAAACCCAAGGGCGUCAUGAUCGAGCACCGGGCCAUUGUGCGUCUCGUCAAGAGCGACAACUUCCCCGGCUUCCCCUCCCCCGCUCGCAUGUCAAACGUCUUCAACCCCGCCUUCGACGGAGCCAUCUGGGAGAUCAACUGGAUGCUCCUGAAUGGCGGAACAGUCGUCUGCAUCGACUACCUGACCACUCUGGACGGCAAAGAGCUCGCUGCCGUGUUUGCCAAAGAGCGCGUCAACGCCGCCUUCCUGGCGCCUGCGAUGCUCAAGCUUUACCUCGUUGAUGCGCGCGAGGCUUUGAAGAACCUUGACUUCCUUGUUGUUGGAGGUGAGAAGUUCGAUACCAGGGAGGCCAAGGAGGCCGUGCCGCUUGUGAGAGGUACCAUUGCCAAUAUCUAUGGUCCUACUGAGGCUGGAAUGAUCAGCACGUGCUAUAAUAUCCCCAAGGAUGAGGCUUACACCAAUGGCGUUCCCAUUGGUGGAAGUAUCUACAACUCUGGUGCCUACGUCAUGGAUCCCAACCAGCAACUUGUAGGCCUUGGCGUCAUGGGAGAGCUUGUUGUUACUGGAGACGGUGUUGGUCGAGGCUACACUAACCCCGAGCUCAACAAGAACCGCUUUAUCGACAUCCCCAUCGAGGGCAAGACUUUCAAGGCUUACCGUACUGGUGACCGAAUGCGAGCACGAGUAGGAGAUGGUCUCCUUGAGUUCUUCGGCCGCAUGGACAACCAGUUCAAGAUCCGCGGUAACCGUAUCGAAGCAGGGGAAGUUGAGUCUGCCAUGCUCAGCCUCAAGAAUGUCCUUAACGCCGCCAUUGUCCUCCGCGGGGGCGGAGAAGAUGACGGGCCACUCGAGAUGGUCGGAUUCAUCGUCGCGGACGACAAAAAUGACACCACGGAAGAGGAAGAGACGGGCAACCAGGUUGAGGGCUGGCAGGACCAUUUCGAGAGCGGCAUGUACUCCGAUAUUAGCACCGCCGUGGACCAGUCCGCCAUCGGAAACGAUUUCAAAGGCUGGACGUCUAUGUACGAUGGUAAGGAUAUCAACAAGGGCGAGAUGCAGGAGUGGUUGGACGACGCUAUUCACACCCUGCAUAACGGCCAGAUCCCUCAUGAUGUUCUCGAGAUCGGUACCGGUAGUGGUAUGAUCUUGUUCAACCUCAACCCAGGCCUCAACAGCUACGUCGGUCUCGAUCCAUCCAAGUCAGCAGUUGAGUUCGUCAACAGAGCCGUCGAGUUCUCUCCCAAGUUCGCAGGAAAAGCAAAGGUCCACGUCGGCAUGGCCACAGACGUCAACAAACUAGGCGAGCUACACCCCGAUCUCGUGGUCUUCAACUCGGUUGUUCAAUACUUCCCCACACCCGAGUAUCUCGCCGAGGUCAUCGACGGCCUCAUCGCCAUUCCCAGUGUUAAGCGCAUCUUCCUCGGCGAUAUCAGAUCGUAUGCUACCAACAGACACUUCCUCGCCGCACGCGCAAUCCACACACUCGGCACCAACAACAACGCCACCAAGGACAGGGUGCGCCAGAAGAUCCAGGAGCUGGAAGAUCGAGAGGAGGAGUUCCUUGUUGAGCCUGCCUUCUUCACCACUCUGAAGGAGCGACGUCCGGAUGUUGUCAAGCACGUCGAGAUCAUCCCCAAGAACAUGAAGGCCACCAACGAACUCAGCGCGUACCGCUACACCGCUGUCGUGCAUCUGCGGGAUGAAACGGACGAGCCUGUGCAUCAUAUUGAGAAGGAUAGUUGGAUUGACUUUGAGGCGAAGCAAAUGGAUAAGAAGGCUCUUCUUGACCACCUGCGCCUCUCCAAGGAUGCCAUGAGUGUGGCUGUUAGCAACAUCACCUACGCCCAUACUUCCUUUGAACGACGCAUCGUUGAGUCUCUCGACGAAGACAGCAAGGAUGACACCAAGGGUACACUCGAUGGUGCAGCAUGGCUCUCAGCAGUUCGCUCCGAAGCCGAAAGCCGCGCCUCACUCACCGUCCCCGAUAUCCUGGAGAUCGCCAAAGAGGCUGGUUUCCGAGUCGAAGUCAGCGCCGCUCGCCAGUGGUCCCAGAACGGUGCUUUAGACGCAGUCUUCCACCACUUCCCACCCUCCAGCACCGACCGCACUCUAAUCCAGUUCCCUACGGACAAUGACACUAGAUCAUCGCUCACUCUCGCCAACCGCCCUCUCCAGAAGCUGCAGCGCCGUCGUGCCGCUCUGCAAGUCCGCGAGAAGCUCCAGACGCUGGUCCCGUCUUAUAUGGUCCCUCCCAACAUCGUAGUGCUAGACACGAUGCCUCUCAAUACCAACGGCAAGAUCGACAGAAAGGAGCUUACGCGUAGAGCACGAACACUGCCGAAGCAGCAGACUGCGGCGCCUGUGCCGGACUUCCCUAUCUCCGAUAUCGAGAUCACGCUGUGUGAGGAGGCAACUGAGGUCUUUGGAAUGAAGGUCGAAAUCAGCGAUCACUUCUUCCAGCUCGGCGGUCACUCUCUCCUCGCUACGAAACUUAUUUCUCGCAUCCAGCACCGUCUCCAUGUGCGGGUUACUGUGAAGGACGUAUUCGACAGCCCUGUCUUUGCCGAUCUGGCAGUCAUCAUCCGUCAAGGACUUGCUAUACAGAACCCUGUUGCUGAAGGACAGGACAAGCAAGGCUGGUCCUCACGGGUUGCCCCUCGUACAGAAGUCGAGAAGAUGUUGUGCGAGGAGUUCGCAGCUGGUCUUGGUGUCCCGGUUGGUAUCACUGACAACUUCUUCGAUCUCGGUGGUCACUCGCUCAUGGCUACUAAGCUAGCUGUGCGAAUUGGCCGUCGCCUUGAUACCGCCAUCACAGUCAAGGACAUCUUCGACUACCCUGUGCUUUUCCAAUUGGCGAAGAAGUUGGAGUCUUCGCAUUCCAAGAGCUACGAGGAGUCUGGCGACGAUAUCCAGAUGGCCGAUUACACUGCAUUCCAGCUCCUCGAUCUGGAAGACCCCCAAGACUUUGUUCAGUCCCAGAUUCGGCCUCAACUGGACUCCUGCUACGGCACCAUCCAGGAUGUCUACCCGUCUACGCAGAUGCAAAAGGCCUUCCUCUUCGAUCCCACGACCGGCGAGCCCCGAGGUCUUGUGCCUUUCUAUAUCGACUUCCCCAGCAAUGCAGAUGCCGAGACCCUCACCAAGGCUAUCGGAGCUCUAGUUGACAAGCUCGAUAUGUUCAGAACUGUCUUCCUGGAGGCCGCAGGCGAUCUGUACCAAGUUGUCGUUGAGCACCUCAACCUGCCUAUUGAGACCAUCGAGACCGAGAAGAACGUCAACACUGCGACCGGUGACUACCUGGAUGUCCAUGGAAAGGACCCUGUCCGUCUAGGCCACCCAUGCAUCCAAUUUGCCAUUCUGAAGACUACCUCCUCUGUCCGUGUUCUCCUGCGAAUGUCACACGCUUUGUACGACGGUUUGAGUUUUGAGUACAUCGUCCGUGGUCUCCACGUUCUCUACAGCGGUAGAAACCUCCCCCCACCAACACAGUUUGCGCGAUACAUGCAGUAUGCUGCACACAGUCGUGAAGAAGGUUAUCCCUUCUGGCGCGAGGUUCUGCAGAACGCGCCCAUGACAGUUCUACACGACACCAAUAACGGUAUGUCUGAGCAAGAGAUGCCAGCCUCCAAGGCGGUACACCUGUCAGAGGUCGUCAACGUUCCAGCGCAAGCUAUUCGAAACAGUACCAACACCCAAGCGACCGUCUUCAACACCGCCUGUGCCCUUGUCCUAGCCAAGGAAUCCGGCUCACAGGAUGUCGUCUUCGGCCGUAUUGUCUCUGGUCGACAAGGUCUACCAGUCGUCUGGCAGGACAUCAUCGGCCCCUGCACAAACGCCGUGCCCGUCCACGCACGCGUCGACGAUGGAAACCCCCAACGCAUCAUCCGCGACCUACGCGACCAAUACCUCCGCACUCUGCCCUUCGAAUCGCUUGGCUUCGAGGAAAUCAAGCGUAACUGCACGGACUGGCCCGAAGAAUUGACCAACUUCUCUGUCUGCGUGACGUACCACAACUUCGAGUACCACCCCGAGAGCGAAGUUGACAACCAAAAGGUUGAGAUGGGAGUUUUGGCAAAGUAUGUUGAGUUGAGUGAAAACGAGCCGCUGUACGAUCUUGCUAUUGCGGGAGAGGUUGAGGCGGAUGGAGUUAACCUGAAGGUCACUGUUGUUGCAAAGGCAAGGCUUUACAAUGAGGCGAGGAUUAGACAUGUGCUUGAGGAAGUUUGCAAAACUUUCAAUGGUUUGAACGAGGCUUUGUAG